AUGCCGCAGAGAGAGUUUGUCCCGAAGCAUUACGAACCAUACAAUUCCAAGACGGAUGAUAAUGAAGGCCCCUCCGUUCAUCUUCGAUCGAGUAACGGAAACCGGACCUUCGAGUUUACAUUCGAGGCGGUGCGGUCGAAUCUUUUCCGGAUUUCUUUUACCUCCCAAGAUCACCCUCUUCCGCCAUAUCCGAGUGUCCCUAAGCCGACGCAAGACCUCAGCAAUGUUCAUACUGCGAGUUCAACCACGGGCUCGUCAAAGAAGAUAGAGGUUGGCGAUGUGACAGCUUCGGUCGAUUGGAGCCAUACUCCGGUGGUGUCGUUGUCUUGGACCGGUUCUGAUAAAUAUCUGCACCGGGAUCUGCCGUUGCGUUCCUAUGUAGCAGACUCGACAGGUGUUGCGCACUACAGUGUGCAUGAUAGAAAUUCCCUACAUGUCGGACUAGGGGAGAAAGCAGCCCCCAUGGACCUAACGAACCGGCAUUUCAUUCUAUCGGCCACGGACUCCUUCGGGUAUGAUGUGUACCGCACAGAUCCCCUGUAUAAGCAUAUCCCGCUCCUGAUAAAAGCCAACCCGGAAGGCGUCGUCGCGAUCUUCUCGAGUUCACACAGCAGAGGAACCUGGUCCGUGGGCUCGGAAGUUGACGGGCUCUGGGGUCACUUCAAGGUGUACCGUCAGGACUAUGGCGGUCUCGAAGAGUAUUUCAUUGUGGGGAAGACUCUGAAAGAUGUAGUCAGAUCGUAUGCUGAGCUGGCUGGCUUCCCCAUCCUUCCUCCUCGAUGGGCAUAUGGUUACAUCUCUGGCGGGUAUAGGUAUACCAUGUUGGAUGAUCCUCCUGCCAGUCAGGGUCUGUUGGACUUUGCGGACAAAUUGAAAGAGCACGGCAUUCCUUGCUCAGCACACCAGAUGAGCUCGGGAUACUCGAUCUCCCACACAGAGCCCAAGGUCCGUAAUGUCUUCACGUGGAAUCCCCAUCGAUUCCCUGAACCCGAGAAAUGGACUGCAAAGUUCCAUGAAACCGGCAUAAGACUGCUCGCCAACAUUAAACCUUUUGUUCUCGCCUCCCACCCCGACUAUCAAAAACUGGUGGAGGCCGGAAGCCUCUUCAAAGACCCCGAAACCAAGGAACCAGGUGUCAUGCGUCUCUGGAGCGCUGGAGGCGCCGAAGGUGGUGAUGGCUGCCAUAUCGAUUUCAGCUCGGCGUUUGCCUUCAAGUGGUGGUACGAUGGUGUCCAGAAACUUAGGCGUGCCGGCAUCGAUGGGAUGUGGAAUGACAACAACGAAUACACCCUUCCCAAUGAUGACUGGGAGCUUGCAUUGGACAACAAGGACUGUCUCAAACCAGAGCGGUCCCAAGUGGCCAACUCCGUGGGACUUUGGGGUCGAAGCAUGCAUACAGAGCUGAUGGGGAAAGCGUCUCACGAUGCUCUUGUUGACCUGGAGCCGGAAAAGAGACCGUUUGUCUUGACAAGGAGUGCAACAGCUGGGACUCUCCGGUACGCAGCAAGCUCGUGGAGUGGUGACGACGUGACCAGCUGGGAGGGGAUGAAGGGAGCCAAUUCGCUUUCCUUGACGGCAGGAAUGUGCCUUCUGCAGUGUUACGGUCACGACAUUGGUGGCUUUGAAGGCCCCCAACCGUCCCCUGAACUGCUGCUCCGCUGGGUCCAGCUUGGAAUCUAUUCCUCUCGAUUCGCAAUCAAUUGUUUCAAGACCUCUCCUCAGGAUAAUUCACUCGGAGAUGUCAUCGAACCAUGGAUGUACCCCGAAAUCACUCCUCUGAUCCGCGAUGCAAUCAAACGUCGCUACGAGAUCCUCCCCUACAUAUACUCACUGGGCCUGGAGAGUCAUCUGUAUGCAUCGCCCCCUCAGCGAUGGGUGGGCUGGGGCUACGAGUCGGACCCAGAGGUGUGGACCAAAAAGCUGAAGCAGGGAGAGGAACAAUUCUGGUUUGGAGACACGCUUCUGGUCAGCGGUGUUUACGAGCCCGGAGUCUCCGUGGCAAAGAUCUACCUGCCCCGGAAGGCUGAUGCCUCCGGCUUUGACUAUGGAUACGUCAACCUGAACGCACCGUACAACUACCUCGCAUCUGGCCAGUGGGUAGAAAUCCCCUCUGAAUGGAAGACCAGUAUCCCCGUUCUGGCCCGAGUCGGAGGCGCCAUUCCUGUGGGCAAGAGUGUCGCGACACGGACUCCCGGCGAAGAGAAAAUCGACGUUACCGCUGCUGUCCUGGAGGAAGACGACUACCGCGGCGUCGAGAUCUUCCCACCACGAAGCAGUUCUCACGGACAUGUCUUCUCGACAACAUGGCUGGAGGACGACGGGAUCUCACGAGAACCACAAAUCUCCCGCUUCACAAUUAGCUACAGCUCUACGGAAGAGAAAGUCACGGUGGGAUUUACUAGAGGCGAACACAACGCAUACACACCGGCGUGGAAAGAUCUCGAUAUCAUCCUUCCUCACGGUGACUCGAGACACGUUGUUUCCGAUCUUGGAAAGCCUCUCGAGUACGUUGGCGCAGAUCCUCGUGGACGCCAGGUGUAUAGACUUAAGGCGUCGUCGUACGUCCCCAAAAUCCACAGUGCAAAAUGA